AUGGUUUGUUUUUCAACGUACUUGGAUUUUAUUGCAGACUCACCAAUUUUCGAAGUUGAAAAGCCCUACACCGUGAUUCGAGAUACAAACCAUGCAGGCAAAAGCAGAAAACUUUCCAACAUCGCUUGGAGUGCCGUCGAUGUCACUAUAAAUGACGUACGAGACCACACACAAGAAUUCUCCCUCGAGAAGUCGGGAUUUCAGAUCGUAAAUCAUGCCUCUCAGGCUCUUCCGAUCACUGAUAUCUCCAAGAUGGAAGAUUAUUUGACAGAGACCAAAACCUAUCUGAAAAGCCUUUUGGGGGCGGAGCAUGUGGUGUCUUACGACUGUAAGAUAAGGAAGAAUCAAGCAUAUGAAACACCCACAGUCGAUAUCGGCGAUCCAUUGCUUCCCAACCUUCCACCAGUAGGGCUGCACGUUGACAGCUCUUUCGAUUUCGCGCCCAGAAUCAUCCAGAAUAGACUCAACGACGAAGAGCGGGCACGAUACCUCACUUCUCAGUAUCGAUUCCGUAUUAUCAAGUAA